GCUCCCAGAAGCCUCCGGGACCAUUCGCGAAGAACGCACUUCCUGGGAAACUGAGAGGGAGAUUCUUUGAGAGGCUCCUCGCUGUGGGCAAGUAAAAUGCCUUGGAUGUGAGAAGCAGGCCCAGAUCAUUUCUAUUCCUUGUUCAGAUGUUCAGCUAUUCUAAGUUGAUCAAAGUUGUUGUAUAAAUAUCAAGUACCUCAAAGAUCUGCCAGUGCUGCACCAGCCUGCCUGCCAUGGGCUGUCGGGAUGUCCAUGCAGCCACCGUCCUCUCCUUCCUGUGUGGAAUCGCCUCGGUAGCCGGCCUCUUUGCGGGGACUCUGCUUCCCAAUUGGAGAAAAUUACGACUGAUCACAUUCAACAAAAAUGAAAAGAACCUGACUGUUUACACAGGCCUGUGGGUCAAGUGCGCGCGAUAUGACGGGAGCAGUGACUGUUUGAUGUACGACACUACUUGGUACUCAUCAGUUGACCAGCUGGACCUGCGUGUUCUCCAGUUUGCUCUACCCCUCAGCAUCCUGAUCGCAAUGGGUGCCCUGCUGCUCUGCCUGAUUGGAAUGUGUAACACGGCUUUCAGGUCCUCGGUGCCCAACAUCAAACUGGCCAAGUGUCUGGUCAAUAGUGCAGGCUGCCACCUGGUGGCCGGGUUGCUGUUUUUCCUGGCAGGUACUGUGAGCCUCUCCCCAUCCAUCUGGGUCUUCUUUUACAACAUUCAUCUGAACAGGAAGUUUGAGCCAGUUUUUACGUUUGACUACGCAGUGUAUGUCACAAUUGCUAGUGCUGGGGGCCUGUUUAUGACCUCCCUUCUACUGUUUAUUUGGUAUUGUGCGUGCAAAUCUUUGCCUUCUCCAUUCUGGCAACCACUGUACUCCCAUCCUCCUAGUAUGCACACUUACUCACAGCCCUAUUCAGCACGCUCCCGCCUCUCUGCCAUUGAAAUUGACAUUCCAGUAGUUUCACACACCACUUAAUGGAGAAAUAGUUGUUAAAACUUUUAGCGUCACAUUUCUCUUGUUCAAGGAGCUGUUUCAGACAGUUACACAUUUUCCUUUGUUUCUGAGCAGUCUAUGAAGCCAAAUUUGUAUGUCCUGGUAGAAUGAAGUGCUGCUAGUUUAUGGAAGAUACAUUAUUUUAAAUGUGAAUCAUUCCUUUUAUCUUCUUAUGCUAGGAGGACUUUUAACCUCCAUAUUGAUACCUGAUCAGUAAUUCACAUGGAAAGGACCCGUGUCUCAAUUGAGAUGAUUUAGAGCAACAUAAUAGUGUAAAAAAUGAUGUCUAAGAGAAGCUGUUGUAGAUGAUCUUUAUGAAUAUUUCAGAACGUGUAUUGUCCUUUUUCUAUAAUAUCUUAAACCAGUAAAGAAAAAAGGGGGGGCAAUUUCAGAUAUAAUAAAUUUCUUUUCAAGUAAGGGUAAUUGAUACCUUUACAGUAGUCAAACUAGACUACCAGCUUAAGGCUGUGACUUUCCUUAGUUCUCUCUUGGGGCUAACUGUAUUGGAUAGAGUUUGAUAUUUUGAAGAUUACUUUCUUUUGAGUCCCUUAUCUUCUACCUCAUGCCAGUGUUUAAAAAUAAAAUACAUUUUAAAUGAUAGUAGAGAAAAUAAGCCUAACAUUAUAAAUAUCCAUUGGUAGGGAUGACAUUUAACAAUUUUAAGAGUUAAUUUUAUAAAUUGUGUUCUUGGAGUUAAUAUGUGCCAUGAGAUGGAUUGGUGCUUCCUCUGAGGCAGAGAAACAUUUUUUUUUACAGAUACCAUCCACCAAGUGGUACUUAAGCCCAUGCAUAACCUCUUAGUGACUAAGAGAAAAAGAGACUGAAGCGGUUUGUUUCCUUUUAGACAGUGGCAGGGGACAAGCACCUGUUCUUCAGUGACAAACAUCAGAGGUUCUCUCUCUUGAGUGCCUUUUGAGUGAUGGGUGAAAUAAGGUAUGGCUUCACCAUGACCACAUUCCCUCUUGACUCAGUUCCUGCCCCCAUCACUGAAUGUUUCCUUGAGCACGUAUCUAUGCCCAACCCUUUAGUAGGUGCUGUAGAGGAUGCAUGAAAAGUAUGAGACCAUGUCCCACUCACUAAGAAAUUUUAAUGGAGAAGGCCAAGCUAUUACCUGACAAUGAGGGAACAGUUUGACUUCAUUGGCAGCUGGUCUUAACUCCUCAGUUACUGAUCCAGGAAUAUAUUUUAACCAGAGACAUAGCUUUCUGGUAGACAAGUUUAUUGAACAAUGCCAGCAAUGUUCUGGAACCUAGAAAUCCAAUUUAUUGGGUCCUUUAGAGGACUUACCUUAGCCUAGACACUGUUAUAACAUUAUAUAAGAUUCACAAGAAUAGGAAAAAGUGGUAGAGAAAUUAAAUGUUUAUUUUUCACCUCUGAAAUUGUGUUGAUGUAUUGACGAGGGAGGAGUAUUUAAAAUCUCUUUGGGCUAACGUUUAGAUGAAGUCAUGUUGACACUGAGAUUAAUGCUUAGAAAUUCAGGGAUUUUGGGUAAAGCCCUUGUGAAUUUGAGCUGCUUACUUAAUUGGUAUCAUUUGCUACACCUCAGUACUGUGCGUGUAAGGAUUUUGUUCUAGUAGCCAUUACCCAUUACUGGGCUGUUUUAGCAUUCCACAAAUGGCUAGUUGCAUGGUAAACAGAUUCUUAUGCCUCUUUGCAAAUCUGAGUAUGAUUAUGGUACUUUGUGGACGUAAGUGGUACUUUUCCGCCCCCACCCCCUAAUUCCAGUACUAGUUUAUGUAUAUAGCAAGUAAAUCCAGGUCUCUAAUUUCUAAAUGUCAUCCAGAGAAAGCAUGCAUGAACUAUGGGUUUUUAGUUACAGCUCCUGAUGUUCUUCAGUUCUGUUCCUUUUAACUCUUCUCAGAUUGAGCCAAAUCUUGAUCAUUCCAAGACAGUGGCAGGUAGAAUUUUGAGAUUAAUAUUUAUUUCCCUCUUUGCUAAUUCAUUUCAGUCCCCUGUCUCACUAACUUUGUCCAGAAGUGUCAAGAAUUCCACCCUCCCUCUGUUCUUUGUAUAAACAAUGUUGAAGAAAAGUAGACUUAACUAUUAAUACAUCAGAGAGUUUUCAGCCCAUGGGAUCAUAAAUAUAAAUGUUGACCUUUUCCUACAAGAAUCUUUUGGAUUCUUCUCAUAAUCUGUAGCCUUAAGUCAGUAUUUAUUAUAGAUUAACUAGACAGCACAAACAGCUGUUUCCCUUUUUGUCUUUAGUGUUUCUUAUUUCCUAUCAGUAGCUAUUCUUUAAAGCCAUCAGAGGAAAGCAAGCAUUCACAACUCUGUUUUGUAACUUUUGAAUACUCAUCAGGAUGUCAUUGUGAUGGGGGAUCUUUUUUUGUUGUCACGAACUAUUAACGUUAAGGGCCUUUUAUAGAAGCCAGCUUGAAAAGAAACCUUAAAUGUGGUAUGAUGUACCAGAUUUGGUUUGUCCUGUCAUGGGAGGAAAGAACCCUAAGUUUAUUUGACUUGUAAAUAUUCACUGUAAUAGAUAAUAUGUUUGUUGGAAGCUGCAAUGUAAAA